GGAAAAAAAAACAAAAGUUUGUCUGUGAUUUGUCAAGCAAGAGAUGCUGUAGAUGAAGUUAGUCAGGAGAAGAGUUGAGGACCAUUAAAGGAGGAUGGCUCCUCUGCUCGUCGUCUCUGCCCUUUGCCUCUUUGGCAUGGUGCUGAGUCAGACCACACCCACUCCUGCGGCCCUCGCCAGCACCCUGGUGGAGAACGGCACUGCUGUGACGCCAACCCCUGCUCCACUCAGCACCACCACCUCCAGCUGCUCUGCAUUAAACACUUCCAACUGUGAGCCUUGUGCACCCGGAUCACAGUACGACAAUAGCACACUGCUCUGUGCAUGCUGCACCGAGCCUGGGCUCUGUCUAGUUCCUGGAGCCUGUCUGCCAUGCACUAUUGGCUUCUACCAACCGCUGUCUGGACAACAGCAGUGCCUCCCAUGCCGGCAGGGCUUCUACACAAAUUUCACUGGAAGUCCAUUGUGUCUUCCCUGCCUUCCUGGGUCCUUUAACAACAACACUGGAGCAGACCGAUGUUCAAGUUGCUCCCCAGGUUUCUUCUCAUCACUGCACAGUUCCACUUCCUGUUCACCGUGUGCACAGGGGAGUUAUUGCAACUCCUCUGGUUGCUCCCUUUGCCAGAUCUGUCCUGGAGGGUCAGAAGCGCUCCAGUCUGCAGCUAAAGAGUGCACACCAUGUCGGCCAGGCAUGCACAAGCCUCGCCAUCAGACGAUGUGUCAGAUCUGCAGCAGUGGAUCCUUCCAGAUUCACUGGGGCCAAGAGAACUGUGACGUCUGCCCAGAGAACCACUACUGUCCAAGUCCAGACGUGAAUCCCAUCCGUUGCCCCAGCGAUGCCUUCUGUCCUCAGGGCAGCUUGGCCCCAGGUUACUGCAUGGAAACGUUCUUUCGCAAAGCGGGGGACACUUGUGAAUUAGCCCCCGUCACCAUCGCUUUGUUGGUUAUUGGAGGCGGAGUGGCCCUGCUCUUCAUUAUUCUAAUGGUUCUGCGCAAAAUGAGAGACACUGAUGGGGAGCUGAGUGUGUCCCGAGCACCAUUGUUACGUAAAGAGAGGCCUCAAGGCCGCUACUAUGGGAUUCCAGGUGAUACAGAGCCCGUGUAUGCUGGCUGGUGAAAGGACGCAACCAACAGCAAGUGAAGACUGACAAACAUUAAUGCCUUGGAGUUAUAAAAUACAUGUUGGCCCUUGUGUGAAAUAUUGUACGUUCACGUCAAACACUGUCCUUUUGUAAGCAAGCUUAUUGGAUUAGCAGCGUUAUGCUGGAGAAGAUGCGUGCCAGGACUCAGUGGGAGCCGUUUUGCUCUUAUGAAAAGCACUUUUUACUGGAAUAAUUGAUUCACUUUGCACUCAUGUGUUUGUCUGGCUGUAGACUCGUGCAUGCAUUCGCCAGCUCGUUCCUUAAUUAAUGACCACUAUGACUUGUUUUCAAUUUGGUUGUUACGCUAUGUUUUUUUUCACCGGUUGUUUUUUUUUUAAAGAUUAUGUUUUAAAAAUAAAUAUAGGUUAGAACCUGAC